UCUCUCUCUCUUCCCCCUCUCUGAACUCUUCUCCCCUCUUUCCCCGAUCCCUAUAAAUUCCAAACUCUCCCCCCUUGUCUCUCUCUCUCUCGCGUACUUCGCCAUUUGAAGAAGCCCUAGCUUCGAACGGAGGAGGAGAAAGGCUCAGAGCGGAGGAGGGGGGGACGAGGACGACGAGGAGGAGGAGAAGGAGGCGAAUUGAGCCCAUCCAUGGCGAAGCUAUACGUGCAAACGGCGCCCCCACCGGAUCUGAACAAGAACACGGAGUGGUUCAUGUACCCGGGCGUGUGGACCACCUACAUCCUCAUCCUCUUCUUCUCCUGGCUCAUCGUGCUCUCGGUCUUCGGGUGCACCCCCGGGAUGGCGUGGACCGUCGUCAACCUCUUCCACUUCGCGGUUACCUAUCACUUUUUCCACUGGAAGAAGGGAACUCCCUUUGCUGAAGACCAGGGUAUCUACAAUACUCUGACUUGGUGGGAGCAGAUGGACAAUGGCAAGCAACUAACUCGGAAUAGAAAGUUUUUGACCGUUGUCCCUGUGGUCCUGUACUUGAUAGCCUCGCAUACAACUGACUACCAACAUCCGAUGCUUUUCCUCAACACACUUGCUGUGUUUGUGCUGGUGGUUGCCAAAUUCCCUAACAUGCACAAAGUUCGCAUCUUCGGAAUCAAUGCGGGUAGUUAAGAGGUUCUGCUGCAUGUAGAAAAGUCUCAAUUUUUAUAUCAUUCAAGGUUGAUACCUUGAAUCUUGCUCGUUAUCUGAUGAGCGAUAGUAAACCUCUUUUUUCGCCCUUUUUUGCUGCAAUCUGUGUAUGAAACUACCGUCUGUAGUUAUUUCUAGGUUGUAUUUCCCUGCUUUGCUUUUAAUGAAAUCACGAAAACCUGUCAAAUGAAAUCCAUUCAGCAUACUAUACUAUUUAUUGGAUGAAAUAUCAAUCUCUGUUGAUUUCGCCGUAUUA